GGUUCCAGGCAGAGGAAGCCGAGCGAAGAGCUCAGCUGAUGCAACCUAACCUGAUCCACGCUACAGUUCCCGUAUACAGCGGCGGCGCCGGCAGCGACGACCGAGGAAGGGUCCAGCCUGGUUACCAGCCUGAGCGCGGGAGACAGGGGCAGCGGAGCAAUGGGGGACACUCUGAGCCCUGAGGAGAAGCUGCACCUUAUUACCCGGAACCUGCAGGAGGUUCUGGGAGAAGAGAAGCUGAAGGAGAUCCUGAAGGAGCGGGAACUUAAAGUUUACUGGGGGACAGCGACUACAGGCAAGCCACAUGUGGCUUACUUCGUGCCCAUGUCUAAGAUUGCAGACUUCCUGAAAGCAGGAUGUGAGGUAACAGUUCUGUUUGCGGACCUUCACGCAUACCUGGAUAACAUGAAAGCCCCAUGGGAACUUCUAGAACUCCGAACCAGCUACUAUGAGAAUGUGAUCAAGGCAAUGCUGGAGAGCAUUGGUGUACCCUUGGAGAAGCUCAAGUUCAUCAAAGGCACUGAUUACCAGCUCAGCAAAGAGUACACACUAGACGCGUACAGACUGUCCUCCAUGGUCACACAGCACGAUGCCAAGAAAGCUGGAGCUGAGGUCGUAAAGCAGGUGGACCACCCGUUGCUGAGUGGUCUGCUGUACCCUGGACUGCAGGUACUCAGGAGGAGGUACUUUGUAUGUUUCUUUCUAACCCCUCAGUACCUCCCUACACUUGGAUACUCAAAACGGGUCCAUCUGAUGAAUCCUAUGGUUCCAGGAUUAACUGGCAAUAAAAUGAGCUCUUCAGAAGAGGAGUCCAAGAUUGAUCUCCUUGAUCCGAAGGAGGAUGUGAAGAAAAAGCUGAAGAAGGCCUUCUGUGAGCCAGGGAAUGUGGAGAACAACGGGGUUUUAUCCUUCAUCAAGCAUGUUCUCUUUCCCCUCAAGUCCGAGUUUGUGAUCCUUCGAGAUGAGAAAUGGGGUGGAAACAAAACCUACACAGCUUACCUGGACCUGGAAAAGGACUUUGCUGAUGAGGUAGUGCACCCAGGAGACCUAAAGAAGUCUGUGGAAGUCGCCCUGAACAAGUUGUUGGACCCCAUCCGGGAAAAGUUCAAUACCCCUGCACUGAAGAAACUGUCUAGCACUGCCUACCCAGAUCCCUCAAAGCAGAAGCCACUUGCCAAAGGCCCUGUCAAGAAUUCAGAACCAGAGGCCAUCCCAUCCCGGCUGGACAUCCGUGUGGGGAAAGUCAUUAGUGUGGACAAGCAUCCAGAAGCAGACAGCCUGUAUGUGGAGAAGAUUGAUGUGGGAGAAGCUGAGCCACGGACUGUGGUGAGCGGCCUGGUGCAGUUUGUACCCAAGGAGGAACUGCAGGAUAGGCUGGUGGUGGUGCUGUGCAAUCUGAAACCCCAGAAGAUGAGAGGAGUUGAGUCUCAAGGCAUGCUUCUGUGUGCCUCUAUAGAAGGAACAAGCCACAAGGUUGAGCCUCUGGACCCUCCUGCAGGCUCUGCUCCUGGUGAGCGAGUGUUUGUGAAGGGCUAUGAGAAGGGCCAACCAGACGAAGAGCUCAAGCCCAAGAAGAAAGUCUUUGAGAAGUUACAGGCUGACUUUAAAAUUUCUGAGGAGUGCAUUGCUCAGUGGAAGCAGAGCAACUUCAUGACCAAGCUGGGACGUAUCUCCUGUAAAUCGCUGAAAGGGGGAAGCAUCAGCUAGCUAAGCCAGCGUCUUCCUCCCCUCUCCCAUCAUCCUGACUGAUCUGCUCUCUCCUCAGUUCCCUCGUCCAUCGCCUGUUUACCCAUCCCCCAGGACACUGAAGCAGGAAGCUUGGGACUUGAUUAGGGGCAGAACUUGGUGAGAGGCAGCUCAGCCUCCCCGAAUGCAGGAUCAUCCAGGCUGGCCUCCCAGGUAGCAACGAGGGUGGGGCAGCAGCCAGCCCAGCUCUGCCUUCUUCCUUUGGCAGCUGACUUGAGAAAUCUGGUUUCAGUGUAAUUCAUAGAAAAAGUUUAUGCCACAACCCUUCUAAUUGGAAUAAUAUUGGUUCCCAAGUUUUCCUAGAGUUAUCCCAGCAGCUGUACCUCUGACUGGGUUCUGGUGUCUGACUGAACUUAAUUACAGGAAAUUGUGGGAUUUGAAAAGGAAAGGGAAGGGAAAACAAGAACCUUGUGGUCCACCAAGUGGUUGGCAGCUGUCUCCCAAUGCCUGCCAGCCCGGAGGCUUGGCGCUGGAGGGCAGGGCGUGCCCCAGGGCUCCUGGAAUUUCUCUUGAUCCUCUAAGUUGGGAUAUUCCCCAAACCAGCUGUGUGUUAACAUCAAAAGUAGAAUAGAUGGCACAGGCUGGUCCUUUCUUGAGAGAGGGUGGGGUACGUCUCCAUAAAGCAUCUCAGAGUCACUGACCAUCACUGUCAUGAAUUCAAAUAAAAUCUGAACAAGGA